AUGACAGCCGACAGUGAAACAACUAGUGAGGAAAAAUCUUCAUCGGCUUUUCUUGAGAUAGCGAUUGAGAUCGACAUUGGUAUAUCUCCGGCUACAACUAUCAAACUUGUAUUCUUCGUGCUUGAUAUCAGACAGCCAAACAGCGAAAGGUACGUGCCGUCUGAGCUGGCAACAGAUGUUACCAUCAUUGUUGGGGAAGUAAUAUUUUACCUACACAAGUUUCCUCUGUUGUCCAAGAGCAACAGGCUGCAAAGGCUUGUUUCAAAAGCAAAUGAAGAGAAUUCUGAUGAAAUUCAGUUAGUUGAUUUUCCUGGUGGACCUAAAGCUUUUGAGAUUUGCGCUAAAUUUUGCUAUGGAAUGACAGUGACUCUCAAUCCUUAUAAUGUAGUUGCCGCACGCUGUGCUGCUGAGUACCUUGAAAUGACAGAAGAUGUUGACCGAGGAAACCUCAUCUUCAAAAUUGAGGUAUUCCUCAAUUCCAGUGUUUUCCGCAGCUGGAAAGAUUCAAUUAUUGUUCUACAAACAACCAAGUCACUUCUACCGUGGUCUGAAGAUCUGAAGGUGGUAGGGAGAUGUAUAGAUUCUAUUGCUUCCAAAACUUCAAUUGAUCCUUCGAGUAUUACAUGGUCCUACACGUACAACAGAAAAGUGGCUGUCUCAGAUAAGAUCACAGAAGUUGGGAUGAAAUUCCCUGGAAAACUGGAAUCCGUGCCCAAGGAUUGGUGGGUUGAAGAUAUAUGUGAACUUGACAUAGAUCUUUACAAGCGAGUUAUGGUUGCAGUUAAAUCUAAGGGAAGGAUGGAUGGUAGUGUUAUUAGCGAGGCAUUAAGAGUUUAUGCAAUGAGAUGGCUGCCUGAUUCUAUUGAGGCUUUGGUAUCGGAAGCUGACAGUAGAAGGAACAAGUCCUUGUUAGAAACUAUAAUCUGCUUAUUGCCUUCUGAUAAAGGUGUUACUUGUUCAUGUAGUUUCUUGCUUAAGUUACUGAAAGUCGCUAUUCUUGUGGGAGCAGAUGAUUCAUCAAGGGAUGCUCUUGUAAAAAGUAUCAGCUUAAAGCUGGAUGAGGCUUCUGUUAAUGAUCUUUUGGUUCCAGCAAGGUCUCCCCAAACUACUGUUUAUGAUGUUAACCUAGUAAAGUGCAUUGUGAACCGAUUCAUGGCUCGUGAAAGAAGUACUCGGGAUAAGAACAUUUCCCCGAAGAGCACCAAUGAUUUCAUCUUGGGGCAUGCAUCAUGGUUGAAAGUCGGUAAAUUAAUUGAUUGCUAUCUUGCAGAAAUUGCUCGUGAUCCAAAUGUCAGUCUCUCUAUUUUCAUUGAACUAUUGCUAGCAAUUCCAGAGUCAGCAAGACCAAUUCAUGAUGCAUUGUAUGAGGCAAUCGAUAUCUAUCUGCAGGAGCACUCAAGCUUGACAAAAGCUGAGAGGAAACACUUAUGUGGCUUCAUGGAUGUCAGAAAAUUAACAAUGGAUGCAUCUAUGCAUGCAGCACAAAAUGAACGACUGCCUCUCCGAACUGUUGUUCAAGUCCUGUUCUUUGAGCAGAUUAGAGCAUCUGCUGGAGUUCAAGCCUUAAAUCACAGAAAUACUGAUGCUGUAGAUUGCACUAGGAAGACUGAAGAAUAUUGGCAGAAAACAUUACUAGAAAAGAAUAACAUACCAAAACCAUCGAGUGUAAUCAAGAUGAAAGGUGAAGAUCCACAGAAGAACAUGAAGUUAGUAAAGAAAGGUAGCCAAAACAGAAGUAGUGGACCACAGUUGCUGCCAUCAAGAUCAAGGAGAAUAUUUGACAAGAUGUUUGCUGGUAAGGCGUUUGGUAACCGCGAAAACCGGAGUUCUGAGACAUCAGGUAGUUCUCAGAGUCCAACUUCAAGGUCUAAGGGAGAAAUUAAGUUCUCUAGCUCAUCUUCAAGAAAUAGGAGGCAUUCAAUUUCAUAAGACAUUUAUGUAGAUUCAUGUAGUCUUAGAUCUUGUGUGUAAGAAUCAUAUUUCUGUAGAAAGUGGUAAGCUUUUAGGUGUAGUUAAGGUGUUUAAUCAUCAUAGUAAUGCUUUAAGAGCUUUGCUACAAAACAUGUUAUUCGUGGAUUCAUUCUCCUUUGGUAUCUUUUAGUUAUUGUAUUCUUAGUUUCACCUGUCAUGUUAAUUGAAAUUAUUUUCUUUUUUUC